AAAAAGAGGAGCGAGAACCCUCAUAUACCUGAGGCGGACCGUGGAAGUCCCGCGACACGUCACGGCCCGCGCGCUUCACACUUUGGAAGAGACGCCACCGAGGAUAUUGCGUCACGAUCGCUCGCGAUGUGCAUCAAAAAUAGCCAGUUUGAGAGUGGGACGGUUUCCUGCGUGAUUUCUGUCCCACAGCAACUGCGGCGGCUUUAAAGCCUCGACCCCGCCCCUCCCCACUAUCACAUGAAUCUGGACUCACUCUGGAUGUGGAAAAAGUUUGGGGUCCGACCGGAUCGCUCUGACGAACUUUGGCUCUCCCCCCCGCUGUUCGCUGGUGAACUUUUGCGCCACAGCCUGGUGUGUGUCUUCCCUCUGUCUCCGGGCCCUGGGUCUGUUCCUGCAGGACGAGCGGGGACUCGGUCGGUCUUCUGCGUGAAGGUAUGCGCGAGGCAUGGACGCCGCCGUCCGCGCCUCGCCUCGCCUCGCCUCGACGUCUCGCCCCGAGCCUCUCUUUCAGCGUCACUUUACUCUGUCCGUGUGGGUUUGCGGGUCUUUCUGGUGAAGUUUGGCGCUGAGAGACGACACGCAAGUUCGGUGGGGGGAGGGGGCGGCGGGCUCCAGGGGUGUAAACAGUCCGCUCUAUUCUCGGCUCCGGUCUCAAUUCCAACCGUGUUCCCCUUUGUUUGUGCGGCGACGGUGCUUUUUUUGUUUCUUCUGGCAGGUUAAAGCGGCAGAAGUUGGGCGACAUGGACGCGCACCGCGGCGCGCCCCCGGCCGGCCAGCAGGUCGUGCACGUGCGCGGGGACUCGCAGACGGAGCUGGACGCGCUGUUCAGCGCCGUGAUUAACCCCAGCAAGGCCGCCGCGCAGCCCGCGCCCCUGCCCAUGAGGAUGAGGAAGCUCCCGGACUCCUUCUUCCGCCAGCCGGACCCCCGGGGCCACUCCAGACAAUCCAGCUCAGACGGCGGCGUGUGCGGCUCCCUCACCCCCCAUCACGUCCGGGCUCACUCCUCGCCGGCCUCUCUGCCCGUCAACUCUCUGUCCACUGUCCAGGCGGCCGAGGUGGCCUCCGCCCCCGUCAUCCCCGACGACAUCCCGCUGCCCCCCGGCUGGGAGAUGGCCAAGACCCCCACGGGCCAGUGCUACUUCCUCAAUCACCUGGAGAAGACAACCACCUGGCACGACCCCCGUCUGGCGCAGCUCCAGUCGGCCGCGGCUCAGCACCCCAUCCACGGCCACUCGCUCAGCAACCCGGCGGCGCCCACCUCCCCGCAGAGCAUCAACCCCGAGACAGCCCAGAAGCUCAACCCUGGGCUCCUCGGCAUGGCCAUGCAGCAGCGGCAGGAGAAGGAGCGGCUGCGCUGCAAACAGCAGAUGCAGCUCCCGCCACAGGACUCGGGGGUGAGGAGCCAGAUUCCUGGGGGGAUGGACCACGACAGGAACACGCACGUCCCGUCUCUGGACGUCAGGAUCAGAGGCCAGAACCACGAGCCCACGCUGAACGGAGCUCACUCUCGCAACGAGAGCACCGACAGCGGCCUGAGCGUCAGCAGCUUGCCGCGCACCUCCGACCACAUGCUGAGCUCCGUGGAGCACAUGGACACCGGUGACAGCAGCGAGCCCCCGCCCCCCAUGAGCCUGCAGGAACCCAUGCCGGUGCUGCCCAUGUCCGAGGGCGACGAGCUGAUGCCCUGCUUCCCUGAAGGCCUGAGCUCAGACCUCCUGAUGGACAUGGAGACGGUGCUCUCCGGGUCCCACAUGGACAGAGACAGCCUGCCCACGUGGCUAUAGACAGGAGGCGCUGGACCUCAGCUCACGUGAUGGACUCCUAACACUGAAGAGCCAAGUAAUCCCACACUAACAAUGGAGCAGUUUUAUCUAUGAAUAUAUACCUAUUUCCUUUUCUAUUUUAAGUCAAGCUGACCGAUGCACUCCACAAACACGAGCUCGACUCUCGAGCGCCAUCUGCAGCCACGCUUGUGGCCUGCAGUGUCACACCCCCGGAGGAAGCUCUGUGCUGCCAGAGUGGGAGCAGAAGGCUGCAGCACUAUCAACAGAGAGCCUCUCACUCCUGCCCCUUCUGUCUGCUCCCCAGAGAGCUUUGACAGCUCAGGCGGUGCAGGGCUCCUUUAAGAACUCUCUCUGUCCUUAUCUCGUCCUUAUCCAUAUUUACCAGAAGCGCCGGGAGACACGUAUUGAUGCCUCACUGGGAAAUUACUGGUGACGUGGCUUGAAGUCGGGGAACACCAGUGGCUUCCAUUGAGAGCGGCUGAAACACAUUUUUGAGUGUUUUCUUCAGACCAUCAAUGUUUCUAGACAAGCGCUGCUCAUGAAAGCGAAAGACAGGCCAGAACAAUAGUGAAAUGUUGAGACUCAAAACAAGUCCAGGUGAAACCAAAGCAUGGUGCGUGAAGCCUGUCACGGCGCCACAGUUGCCCCUGGAGUCUUGCUGAGGCCUUUAAGAUGAAGAAAGUUACUUCACUUCAUCAUGGCUGAUUCUCCUUUCUGAGGAAAUGAAACUCCUGCAUUUCCAUGUGCAAAGACUUGAAGCCUGUUUGCCAGUACUAACGGCAGAUGCUGUGACGCUGCCCUCUCUCCUAACUCCCCACCGACAGCAGUACUUCUUCCUUCUAACGCUCCUCUUAUGAAAGUAUGUACCCGCUGUGUAUUGUAUCUCCUGGAUUGUUUGUGCCGUGAUUUUAUUUUUCUCCCUGGAUUUGAGUCCUUGGACACCCGUUCCUGAGGCGUCGACGUGAAUCUUUCAGAAGAAGUUAAAUGAUCUCAUUUGUCGGACAUGAGUUCCAUCCGGUUGGUGACAGUGACAGUGCGGCUCCUGCGACACACUACCUAGUCAGUGACUAUUUAUCUCCGCAUGCAUGACACUCCAUUUAUAUGUUACCUAUAUUGUUGUUAUUCAGAGUUUGAAGGCAAUCAGCAUGAGCUUUAUACAAAGAGUUUUCAUUUUACUCCCACUUUUAUCAUUUUAUAAAGGAGUUUCUGUGUCAAUAAACCUUUCAAUACACGCGCCAUUGCACUUU